AUUUUAGUCAUUUAAAGUGGGAUUCUGUUCUGUCACACCAGUAUAAAUAUGAAGAAUCAGGCAAUCUGGAGAGACAAGGUCCAGAUGUUUUCCCUUCCGGUUACUAUUAUGAAGAUCAGUGGAGGCCAAGAACACACUGGAUUCAUCACUUCAACAAUUCUGUUGAUGUUACCAAAUGUUUACAAGGAAAAGUUAUCUACUUGUUUGGAGAUUCUACAAUAAGGCAGUGGUUUGAGUAUCUGACAGCAUUUGUUCCAGAUCUAGUGGAAUUUAACCUUGGGAGCCCUAAAAACGUGGGUCCUUUUAUGUCCGUGGACCUGAAGCACAGCAUCCUGCUGAAGUUCCGUUGUCAUGGACCACCCAUUCGCUUUACGACGGUCUUCACCAGCGAGCUACGCUAUAUCGCCAAUGAGCUAAACGGCAUUGUAGGCGGUAGAAACACCGUGAUAGCCAUAACCAUAUGGUCGCACUUCAGCACCUUCCCUCUGGAGGUGUAUAUCCGGAGACUGAGGAACAUUCGGAGGUCAAUCGUGCGACUGCUCGAUCGCAGCCCCAAAACAGUGGUGGUCAUCCGAACAGCUAAUGUCCAGGAGCUUGGGCCAGAAGUGAGCCUGUUCAACAGUGACUGGUAUUCCUUUCAGCUUGACACAAUCAUGAGGAAAAUGUUCUCAGGAAUUGCUGUGUUCUUUGUGGAUGCUUGGGAGAUGUCACUGGCUCAUUACUUGCCACAUAACUUGCAUCCAGAAGACGUCAUUGUUAAGAAUCAAAUAGAUGCUUUCCUGUCCUUUGUUUGUCCUCUAGAAACUUAGCACAAUUGGUGAAAAGGAGUUCAUAGGGAAACAUGUCAAGUUUUGCUGUAGUGAAACUAAGUUGCUCUUUGUCAGAGGUAUAAAAUAAAGCCAAGAAUGAUGUGGACAAACUUUACAGUUACUGCAGUUGCAAGGGAGGUCAGUUGUUUGGCUUUUGACGUUGACAGCUGAAAGGAGUGGCAGUAAAAGGAAGUAGACUAAUUCAGGCUGUAUUUAUAUCUUCCUGUACAGUAGCUUCCUCUUGACCUUGUAAAUUAUCUCAGAUAACUAGGGAGCUCCUUAAGUUAAAUCAAGGCUCAGAAGGAAAGCUUUUUACAUUAUUAGCUUUAUUGAUGGUCUGUACUGCAUGAGCAUUCACACAGCAUUGAUUCUGUUCCCAAAGUCCAAUCCUACCUCAGCGGGAAGGAUUAUUUAGGAGCAGUCUCUUUGUUAUUCCAGAGUUGGAGCCAGUAUGUAGGAAGGACGUUCCUAGACUCCUACAAUCAAAAGAAAUGAACAUAUGAACAAUUUACCACAAGUUUAAACUGGGGGUAAGGCUUUUCUGAGAGUCAUUUUUUUCAGGAGAACUGCCUUUUUGAGUGUGUGCUCUUGCCCUGCAAUAAAUGGAAGGAAAACUACAGGAGUUUAGCUCUCAGUAGAAGAGAACACACCUACUGUUCUUGAAUUUUUCCAUUUACCACAGGUAAAGCGUGUGGUCACAGGGAGCUACAAUGACACAGCUGAUGCAUGCUAAAACCCUGUCUGUCGUUUUCCUGUGGUAAACUGUUCAUAUGCCCACACCCAGAAAAGCACAGUAUGAAAGCACAAUAUGGUUGUUCUAAAAUCCUAGUCUGGAGUCUGAAAGGGAUGUCCUAAAACCACUGUGUCAGUCAAGAAAGCACAAUCUAAAAAUCUGGAAUUGUCAGAAUAUUUUUGACAGUGAUAUAGCACACUAAUCAUCAUCCAUCAGUGGUGUUUAUAGAAUGGCUGCUAAAUCAUCUGAAUAGCCAGCACUAGCUUUAUUUUUGGACUGCUAUGUAUAUAUUAAGCUUUGAUACGCUGUUGUCUCAUCAGUUGGUGGAUCUGAAAUGGGAAAGAUGAACAGUGACGAUGCUAUCUUUGGUAGCUCCUGCACCUGAAAAAAAGAAAAUUGCAGAAACUAGUAUUCAUCACUUUAAAUAUUUCCUUUAAAAAAUGUGUUCCCCCUCAUCCCCCCCCCGUCAGGUGAGCCUGUUUUUCUUUUGUUAUUGCAUGACUAGGCUCCUGUUAAGGAAUAAGUUUUGUUUGAGGUAUACAGCAAGUAGGACACACAGUACAAACAGGAUUAGGGAGUGAAUGGAAUGUUAAGUCCAUCUCUCAACAGUGUUAUUGUAAGUUCAUGCUCUGACUGGUUUGAUUGAUCUUCUGGCUCAUUUGCUUUUAGAUUUGGCAGUUGUUGCCCCAUUUUUUCAACACCUUCAUUUCUGCAUAAUCUAGCAGCUUCCACUAGUGCAAACUAUUUCUUUGUUUUGGACAGCUUGUGCAGUCCAAUAUUGGCAAGGUCUGUCCACAUGUUGCACAGAACUGACUGCCUGAAUUUUUUUUUUUUUUGUAUAUUUGCAAUUGUGUUUCUCCAUAUUGGAGGUCUGGUCUUUGCGGCUGGAGCCUGAACAGGAUUUAUGCCAUCAGUAAGAGUAUAGGUUUGUUUUUUGUUUUUAAUAAAAGUUUUAAUUGGAAGGCAUUUAAAAAUAAAUUGAGAUGUGUAAGAUCGAAAAUUACAAGCACACAAGUUGUGGACUUACAUACAAAACAAUUCAAAACAAGUUAAAAAUGACUGGAAGCAGGUGAUAUUGUGAGAUGACUCCAUUCCCACCAAGGUGCAUACAAGCACCUUGAGGCAAAAUUUGGUCCAGGAUAAGCAUUCAGGGGUUGAUGUUUCCCUUGGCUCUUCUUAAAGCAGUGUCCAAAAUGGUGGUGCUUUCUGUGUUUGGAGAUGUUAGUAGAAUUACUAACUGCUGAUGAACAAGCCUGUGUCAGUUCGUGUCUGAAGGUAAAUCACCUUUUUAUCAGCCUGUUCAUGAAACAAAUGAAUAAAAGCCCACUGAACUUAGCCAUGUAGCUUUUAGAGGAGGCAGAGCCUUUAACCUAAUUGUGCUGACAUACUGUUGGAAAGGUUCACAAUCCCCAGAAACCAGCACUGGGGGUUAGAAGCAAACUUUUAACUUGCGGGUUAAAGUUCUGCUCUCCUUGUUCACCCCUAUCAUAUGUUCACUUACAGUGCAUUCAGGUCGUGGGCGAAUGUGUUGCCGGUCAGCACAAUCCUUCUGUUUCUUGUUGCCCUUGGUUCUUUUUUAUGCCAAUUUUGUCAUCUUCAGCAGCAUCUUGUAGAGCAGGGGUGGGCAAAAUGCGGCCCGCCAGACCAUUCUAUCCAGUCUGCGGGGCCCCUAAAAAAUUUAGAAAAUUAAUAUUUAUCUGCCCCUAGCUGCCUGUCAUGCGGCCCUCAAUGGCUUGCCAAAACUCAGUAAAUGGCCCUCCACCCAAAAUAAUUGCCCACCCCUAUUUGUAGAGGUUUAGAGUUGGCAGGGAAGAAAAGGAAUAUCAAUCUGAUUUGGCUUUUUGCUACCUUUUAAUCCUGGAUGCCAGAGUCAGCAAAGGUGUUGGAGUUAGGGGUAGGGGAGUUGGAGGUAUUCUGGGCCAUAAUCCUCUGGAUCAUCCCAUGCACAGUCCCCCAUCAGCUGUUACCAUUGUAGCCAGGCCAGGCUCACUGAUACAGUUGAUUAGCUGACCAUUGCUGCACCGUGACUUGCCUCUGCGGGGAUCCAAAAAUACUUGAAACUUGAUGCUGCUUGAAGCAGCAUCCACAUUUCAUCCCUUUUUUACUGUGGCUCUUCUGCAGCUGUCAGAGAGCUGGGUGGGUUGUGGGGUGGGAGUGAAUAUGUGCAAGAGAGAGAGAGGGAUCCUGGUGUUUUGUCCCCUUUUUUCUUUAUGGUUGACAGGCUACAUGGACCCUAUUGCAAAAAAGGAGAAGGAACUACUUGGAAAGGAAGCAUCCUACCUGGCCAUCUUUCCCUUGUGCUGUCUGUUUGCUGUCUCUCUCCCCACUUAUCACUGUGCAUCAGGUGAAAACACACAGAUGCAAGUGGCAGGUUCCUGUCAGUAUGUUGGCAACAUGCCCUGAAAUGAGUCCUACGCACUGAUUUUGUUCUAGUUGUUCCUCAUUGAUAGUAGGGCUGUGCAAAGCUUUGGGUGCUGAUUCUAUUUGGAGAAGAUUCAGCCUGAUUCGGCAGUUGAAUCUCUGAAUCUGAAUUGAAUCAGGAGACCAAUAAAAAGGUCUGAAUC